CACACACACACACACACUUAAGAUUAUAUGAAAAUCAAAUUAGUUUGUGUAAUGGCAGCAGAAAUGGGCUCAUUUGCUGGCCUCAAUUUCCCAACUUUUAAUAAGCCAACUAAUAAGCUAUUUUCCCGGCCUCCUCUACAACCAGCUCAGUAUACAAACAAAAGGAGGCGGCUACAGCAGCAAUUCACAAUCUCUGCCAAUUUAGGAGGAGGAGGAGGAGGAGAAGGGGAGCUCAAGAAAGAAGACAAGAAGAAGUUUAUCACCAAAGAACAAGAACCAGAACAGUAUUGGCAAACAGCGGGUGAAAGAGAAGGAGAAAAUCCAAUGUCAACACCGCUUCCAUACAUAAUCAUAUUUGGUAUGUCAACUCCUUUUAUUAUUUUAGCCAUUGCUUUUGCUAAUGGCUGGAUUAAGGCUCCUAUUCGCUGAUUCUUUUUCUAUUUACCUAAUUCAUUCAUUCCUCCUGUACUAUAUUUAUUUUUAUGCUAUACUUUUUCUUGUAAACAAAGAAGAAUAUGCCUAAUUACUAUACGCAUUUUAAUCUCUCUCUUUUUUUCUUUCAUUUUUCCAAAUAUUAAUACUAUGCAUUCUCAU